AAAGCGGGGAAGAAGGCGGCCGGCCCGGGUGGUUACCGGCGGAGGGGAGGCCGCCAUGGACCGGAGGAAGAAGCCACUGGACGUGGCCGCCUCCUCGCUGGUAGAUCUCAAAGCAGAACUCUUCCGAAAGCAAGAGGAAUUCAAGAAGGAAAAGCUAUUGAAAGAUGCUGGCAUCUUUGCAAAGCCCAAAGCUUCUAAUAAGAAACCAAGCAUCUGGAGCAAACAAAAUGCAGGAGUUGCAAAUCGAGCCGAGAAGGACGUUGAGCAAAAGACAGAAGAGGAGCAUAUAUUAGAUAAAUCAAGGAAGAAACUAGAAGAAAAAGCAAAGCUGUAUGAGAAAAUGACAAAAGGCGACUUUCCAGAUGAAGAAACUGAGGAUUUGUACCUAGUGGAUUUCACUCAGAAGAUCAUAGACAAACAACACGAAGUACAGGAACUGUAUCGGAGCGAAGCUGCGAGAAAGACUUCAGAAAAAGACACAGAUGAUGAAGAAACUCAACCUGAAAUGGACAUACCACCACCUGAGGACCCAGAUGAAGAAUGGGUUGAUUAUGUUGAUUUCUUGGGCCGAUCUAGACGCUGUAUGAAGAAGGAUUUGCCAAGUCUACUUAAAAUGGAUCAGGAACUUCAAGGGAAAAAACAAGGCCUUGAUGGGAAUACUCUGCUAUCUGAAGAUAUGAGAAGAGAACUUCAGAGGCAGCAGUGGGAAAAAGAAGAAGAAGAAGCCCUCAGAAAACCCAUGGGACCCAUACAUUAUGAGGACAUUCGAGAAAAUGAGGCUAGGCAGCUUGGUGUUGGUUACUUUGCCUUUUCUCGUGACAAAGAACUUAGGAAUAAACAACGGGCAACACUGGAUAUGCUGAGAGAGCAGACACUUGAUCAGAGAACUAAACGUGAACAGUUAAAAGAAAAAAGGAAGGCAGCUCUAGAUGCAAGACUGUCUAAACUUCGAGCACGGAAGAUUAAGAAGUUAAGGGAAGCUGGAUUAGAGGAAGAGGCAGACAAAUUGGAGAAUGGAGAGUUGAAAGGUGAUACCGAAGAACCGGAAGCUCCGAGAGUUACUACAGCGAGUAGAAAGGUCGAGGUUGUCAUCCAGGAGAGAAGGGAUACAAAGCCUGGUGUGCCUUAUGUCCGAGAGUGGGAUAAAGGCAAAGAAUUGAUGUUUGGACAAUGGGCAAAGAAACAGGAAGAACUCAGAGAUGAGCGAGAUCCAGAAUUUGCACCACCUUCUGAUUAUUUUAUGGGACAAAAGAAAGAUGAUAAUUACAGAAACCAGAAUUUGAACAGUCCUGAAACAUCCUCUGAAAAACUGGAGACAGAGACAGCACAAAAGCAAGAGAUGCCAUCAGCGCAGGCCAACGGCAGCAGCACUGAAGGUGUGCCACCGUCAGGGCAGGCUUACAACAGCAAUAUUCAAGAUGAGUCGGCAUCAACAAAGGCCCGUGGCAGUGACACUCAAGAUGUGCCAUCAUCAGCGGAGGAUGACAGCAGCGAUGAUGAGGAUACGCUGCCAUCAGCAGAGGCAUAUGGCUACGGUGCUCAAGUUGUGCCGCCGUCAAUGCGGGCUUACGGCUAUGGUGGUCAAGAUGUGCUGUCAUCAAUGCCAGCUUAUGGCUAUAACACUCAUGAAAUGCCCUUUCCCAUGCAGCCUUACGGCUACGGCGCUCAAGGCAUGAUGCCACCCAUGCACGCGUAUGGCUACAGCGCUCAUGACACACCAUUUCCAAUGCAGGCUUAUGGCUACGGCGGCCAAGAUGGGCCACCAGGAGUGGUGCAGGAGGCCUGUGGCUGCAGCGCCCAAGAUGGACCACCAGGAGUGCAGGCCUGUGGCUGCAGUGCUCAAGACGUGGAACCUUCAGCGCAGACCAACAGCAGUGAUGCUCAGAAUCAGGAACCACUUUACCAAAGUUUAGAUGAUAUGCUGUCUUACUACAGACAAGUGACUUGAACUGAGCAAAAGGAUAAGCCAGAAGCGUGAUUUAAACAACUGAAACAGAAUUAUCUUCUUGUCAGGAAUAUUAUUUUUCCACAUCUGGGAAAAAAAAAAGGUUCUGUAAGUAGAUCAAAAUAAAUGUCCUGAAGACCUAAGCUGUUUUACAUCACAGCUGUAGUUUUGCCCUGUUGGUUCUUUUAUUUUUCCUCUUUAUUAAAACCAGGACAUGGUGGUACGUA